AGGCGGAUUGCGGGGCACUGGGGUACUGUUUCCUCGCCAGUUUGACUACAGCCUAAUCGGGCAGCAGCGACUGGUGCUGUAAAUCACGGAAAACCAACACAGACAAGACGUUGAGAGGUGCAGUUCUUGUUUGGAGGAGACACAUUCCAGAGAAAAGCAACUAAUACCCUCCAGGAGAUGCUGGGAGUUAUAAGACUCUCUUCUGUCUAUAUGAAGGGUUACACCUAAGACUGCAAUCUUAUCCUGGGAGUAAAUCCAAUUGAACUCAGCGCUGCUUACCAGGGUCUGAGUAGGCACGUAUUGGAAUGAAAUGCAAGGCUAUAAUCCCAUGCACACCUGGCAGCUGUCGCCGCCAUUAUGUCCGUCACCGCGACUAUCGAGCAGGAGUUCCAGCAGAUCGACGCUGCUAACGACUGGCAGCCUCGCUAUCUGGAUAUUCGGCACCAAUCCAAUGACUAUCCGCAUAAAGUUGCCAAGUAUGCAGAAAACCGAAAUCGUAACAGAUACAGAGAUGUUAGCCCAUAUGAUCACAGUCGUGUAAUACUGCAGAACACAGACAAUGAUUAUAUCAAUGCAAGCUUGGUGGUUAAUGAAGAAGCUCAGAGGAAUUAUAUAUUAACACAGGGUCCACUUCCUAAUACAUGUUGCCAUUUCUGGCUAAUGGUAUGGCAACAAAAGACCAAAGCAGUUGUCAUGCUGAACAGAAUUGUAGAGAAAGAUUCAGUGAAAUGCGCACAAUACUGGCCAACAAAGGAAGAAGAACAAAUGGUGUACGAAGAGACAGGAUUUUGUGUGAGGCUAAAAUCUGAAGAUGUUAAAUCCUACUAUACAGUACGCCAACUUCAGCUAGAAAAUAUCACUACUGGUGAGUCCAGGGUGAUAUUUCAUUUUCAUUAUACUACAUGGCCAGAUUUUGGCGUUCCUGAAUCACCAGCUUCAUUCCUCAACUUCUUGUUUAAAGUAAGAGAAUCUGGAUCUCUAAGUCUGGAACAUGGGCCAGCAGUCAUUCACUGCAGUGCUGGAAUUGGCCGUUCUGGCACAUUUUCAUUGGUGGACACAUGUCUUGUCUUGAUGGAAAAAAGAAAAUACCCAUUUUCUGUAGACAUUAAACAAGUAUUAUUGAAUAUGAGGAAAUAUCGAAUGGGUCUUAUCCAGACACCUGAUCAGCUAAGAUUUUCCUACAUGGCUGUAAUAGAAGGAGCAAAAUACAUAAUGGGUGAUUCUAAUAUACAGAAUCAGUGGAAGGAACUCUCAAAAGAAGACCAUGCACCAGGUUCUGAAUGCUCUUCUGUUCACCCAAACAAACAAACUACAGAGAAGUGCAAUGGGAACAGUGUGGAAUUGGAAAAUGUGGAACAAGCUGAGAACUUAAAUGCUGAUCUGUCUCCUACAAUACAAAAUAUUGUAGAUGCAAAUGCUGACAGUGCUUUUCGGAAGCGGCUGAGAGAAGACAGAAAAGCUAACACAGCACAGAUGGUGCAGCAGAUGAAACAUAGGAUGAGUGAGGCUGAAAGGAAAAGAAAAAGGUGGUUAUAUUGGAAACCUAUUCUCACUAAGAUUGGGUUUGGUUCAGCCAUUUUCAUUGCAGUUUAUUCUUGCUGGAAAUUGUACUUCCAAAGUGCUCUCAUGCCAAGAGUGACUGACACCUAAACCACCAAGAUGUGUGAAUAUUCUGCAGCUAUAAUUACACACAUUUGGCAUGCAAAGGAGGACAUCACUCCUCUUCAGGAACAAAAGUGAGGUCUGGACCUCAUACAUAACUGUUUACAACGUAAACAACCAGAGAAUGAAGUACAUCACCAGCAACAAACUUUGCAAAAUAAAUUGUCUUAACUGUUUUAUGCUUGUAUGAACUGUAGAAAUAUGUAAGAUCACAUUAGAAAGUACUUCGUACUGCCAUUCUUACUGUAUUUUUUUAUACGUUGGCAGCAUUAAAUAUUUUUUUUAAUGGA